AUGUACAGCAAUGGUAUCAAUAUCAUAAUCGAGGGCGAGCGCCAUGCGGGAGAGCCCGCAGGAGAGGAGGUGAAGAAUCAAAACUUAAAAAAUGUCAACCAAGUAACACUCAUUCUCUCUCGUUUUAUUUGCGUUUGGGUCGAAAGGACCCGAUCUUAA